GUCGCUUGGAAAUGGCUCCACCUUUCCGAACGAGCGUCCUUGAGGGGCCCCGUUGCACCGAGAAAGGUGAUGAAAACCGGCCAGUCACGUGUACGGUGCCGGCGCGAGCGGCCGAUGGUCAGCUUCGCCCUGCUAUGACACGUUCCACUAGUUCACUAAUGAACGUCCGUCGCGGCAAGAGCGUCUGCGAGCUGAGACGCCGGCCGUCGAGGCGCGAUCUCGUGAAAAAACCGUCGCGACCGUACGCGGGCAAACGUUGCAACCAACCGAUGCAAACUACGAGCGGAGAGUAAACAAUAGACGCGAGCGAGUCGAUGGUCGGAUUCCAAGUGUCGGGCACGCGAUGGAUUUGGCUGUUUCGGGACUCUUCGACACAAUUCGACUCAACUCGUGUUGGACUCUGCCCCGAUUCGCCAAUUUGUUGACGAACCCCUAGGGCCACCUGCACAACUAGUUGCAUCGGACUGUGGAGAAAUUUUAAUUUUAAUCAGGGAAUGACUACAGGGUUGCUUCAGAAAGGGUGGACAAUUUUUUUUAUCUGAUAUUCAAAUAUUUGCAGGACGCAAAUGAAUUUCGAAUUGUUGCAUCGGAUGAUCGUUCAAAGUCAUUGCUAGAAGCACGGGAGAAAGUGAAACACGUGGGAAGACUUCCUCGGCCAAGUGGACUGGCGCUCGGGAUUCCGUGAGCCGGAUUAGAUUAAACAUUAUCAAUAAUCCGGCGUGGAGGAUGAUUAGGGCAGACGUAAGCGCGAUUAAACGAGCAACUCGUACCGAUAUCUGCGCGAAGGAAUUUCACGAUUCGGUCACGUUGCAUCUUGCGCGUUAAAAGCCCGCUGGUGAGGCGAGAUCGGCCACACUGGUGCGAACUACAUGGACGAACCGAUCGCCUGUAUCGAAGAGUUGAAGAUCCUUCGAAGUCACUCGGAAGAAUCGCGUUAUUGCGUGCCGUUUGCUCGAUUAUAGCUAUUCGACGACGAACGAGAAACCCUGGCGAACGAUUAUCGUACGACUAGCCGACCGCUACGGACACGGGGAGGAAGAUGAUGCGAAAAGGAUUCGACCCACGCAAGCUCCUGUUAGGCGCGGCGCUAUUAGCGACCUGCGCGUCGCUGGUCGCGUCGUCUUCGUGGAGGGAAAGGCGGCACGUCGGCGUCGAGGAAUCUAGUCAUCGGCCAGGUUGGCCGCACACGCCGCCGAGUCGGAAUUUCAAGUCAUCGACCAGCAGCAACAACGAGAUAACCACAGAACCCGGAAGGAAAGUGUCGCACCGGCUAAUUGGAGGGCACCUGAGAGCCAGCUCGAAGCAACAGCCGUACGAAGAGCUCUGGGACGACGGGAUUGCCCUGUCGUCCGCCGGAAAUGGCAGAGAGUCCAAGCCUGGCCGCAAGGACGAGGACGACGAAAAGAAGACGCUCUCGCAGCAAGUGAAGGAGGGAAAGUACGGCCUCAUACAGAACGAGAUCUACCCGAACAGACCGAAACGACCGGGGAUCAUCAGUUACACGGGCAAUCCCGAGGUACCGAAGGAUACCGCCGACAACCUGGGUGGCCUCGACGAGGACGAGAUCUGGCUGGCUGAGAACCACGUGCUGGUACUGAGGGGCGGGAAAUUUCCUGGCCACGAGACCACGCAAGGCAGCGGUGACAGCGAGACGACCUGGCCACCGAUCGACAACUACAAAGCGCCCAGAAGACAGGUCAAGAUCCCGUCCAGGCCAAAGGUACCGCCGCCGUUUCCGGUACAGCUCACAGAGAACGGACCCAUACAGAUCAUCGGACCAAACGGGACCAAGGAGAUCGGGAACGGAACCGUCGAUUACAGGAAGGACCCGUUGCUCACGAAAGGACUGCUAUCGGAAGAUGGCCCGCUCUUUGCCAUCAUAUCGAACGGAACGUUCGUAAUGCCCAACGAAGAUUCGGGGAAUGUCACUUCCAAGGACAAGGGAGCUAAGUCCGAUCCUCUACCGGGCAGUCUUCCGCCAUUCUAUCACGCCAUACCACCAGGUGCGGUCUUUCUACCACCGCCCAGCAAUCAAUCGGAUUACGACGAGGAGGAUCAAUCUAUCUACUACCCGCCGCCGUACAGUUUCCAAUAUCCGCAGGACAACAGCACCGCGGUACCACCUGGUCCCCUGGUCCCAGGUAUCAUCCUCCCGCCCCCGCCAGACUUCUUCUCCCCUCUGGAGGACAAGAAGACCACCGCCAAGAAGUACUCCAGCCGCCCUGGAACCACCCCCUUGCCAAGACCCAGACCAACCUAUCUACCGCCAAGGAAACUCGCCACCAAGCGAUACAAAAGUACCACCACUGUGCCAGUCACCAAGUCAAGAACGUCGUCCGUCAAUGCAUCGAACAACACGAAAAUGUACCGUCGAACGACGCUGAAGAACGCAACCGGUACUUCCGUGCCCAGCCACGUCAAGACUGUUCCGUACACGCAGGUCACGACACCGGUGCCGGACAAGACGACGACUCUGGAUAACCCCGACUUCUACAGCCUAGGACCGAUCGUAGAAAACCGGGUGAACAACCAGGAGAACGUUCAAGAGAAGAAUCAAGUCUGGUCGGGCCUGGUGACCAGCAAAACGAUCCCUAUAGUGAGCUAUUACGCCUCGUCGACGCAAUCCACUUUGGAGAAGCCCGUGGAAGUGACACCAGCCUCGAUAAGAAGUAUCGUCACUACGGGUAAUCCGGAACGAUCGCCCAGUCAGGCAUCCUAUUACUUUUACGAAGAAUCGAACGGUGAAUCUACGAUCACCACAGCCGAUCCGUCGAUUUACUACAAGACCACGACGGAGACGCCUUUCUACGAGACUGUGACCCAACCGCGUCCGGUGGACAAGAAAAAACAGUACUACAACGUAGAGACUGUUCCGUCGCAAGAGACCUCGAAGGACUACAGCGUUAAGUACGUCGACUCGGUGGUGAAAAAUUCCGAACCAGUUCGAUACAGCGAUUCGACGGUCACGCGAUCCUCGUCGAGGUACGAGAGCGGUUCCAGCAGGACUCAGGGUCAACGAAUGCUGCCAGAUCGCGCGUCUCUUUACUAUCAGACCAUAUCCGGCCGUCCUGCACAGCAGCCUUAUUACACCACGCCUAGGCCGCAGACUUACUACAGGCAGGACAAACCGAAACCGAUCUACCAGUACAGCUUCGAAGCGGCGGAUUACUCGAAACGUGGCAAUCAGAGGCAACAGUUCGAGCAACAGCAACAACAGAAUCUCCCGUACAACAGCUAUCCGGACGUUAAGAUCCCUAGCUACAACGAUCAUCGGUUCGAUUACGAUCAGACGGACUCGACUCAGAAGCGACAGAGACCGGAAAGCCUGCCGUACAAGAUCCAACAGCCUGUGUACCCAUCGACGACUUCCAACUCUGUGGUGAACACGACGCCCAAUCCACAUCUUAGCUACUACACCCAUCAGGACGAGAAGCUUCUGGACGACGUCACGAAAGAGUACUUCACGAUCUUCGGCAAGAAACUGCCGCACAAAGCUGUGCCGAGCACCACUCCGAUCUACUCGAAAUCGACCACGGAGAGACCGGAUUACAACACCAACAGAUACAUCGAGAACAACUACAACACCGCCGAGGCGCCGGUCUUCAAGACGCCCAACGUCAAAGUGCACUACGGCGAUCAGUCCCAGCGACCGUAUUCUCUCAAAGACGACAUUCUCGUCAACUACAGACAGCCUCUGCCGCCCAUCGACCCGGACAGCGAGUUCAUCACGUUGGGCAACCCUAAUCGGCAACAGCCGCCCAAUUACAGGAUAUCCGAUCGAAACGGAGAACCUCUGGCGUCGCUUCGCGCCUACUCGCCCCAGCCUCUCGUCAGCCCGGCGAACGGUCCGUCGACUAACUACGUACCGAUAGCCGACUCUCCCGAGGAGAUCGACGAGUCGUAUCCCCAGCUACCGAUCUCCCUCGAAGACGACAUCAAAGUGAACUACCGCGACCCAAGACCCACCAUCGAUCCGGACGCGGAGUUCAUCGAUCCACUUCCGGUGCCGGAGGACAGCCAACCGGGUAAACCGAAGGCCUACUUCGCGUACAGACUGCCCGGAGACGGUGGCCAUUUUUAUUUCCUGACGCCGCAAGCGGUCGACCAGAGGCCAGAACGGAACACUGGUCAUCUCUACACGAAAUCGAGGGGAACGAGACUGCUGAGACGUCGACGGCGACCGGGAAACGUUUGAUCCUCCCAUGCCAUAUAACGAUCGAGGAUCCCACGAGAGAAAUAGAGAGACGUACCGUUAGGAUAUUUAUUACACGUGUAAAUAUAUAUACGUAACGAGACUAGGAUAGGACGAUUGUCAACGCCUUGCUUGCGGUAUAAAUGCUUAAUUUAUAUGCGACCCUAACUACCCCUCCUGCUACAGAUUACCGAUGCAGACGCGAGAUACUCGUUCGCGUAUACACGAUAGGCGUGUUGCGCGAUUUUGAGCGAUACUCCGUCGCGUACUCGCGCAUUUGUCUGUGAUUAAUGGUCGAGGUGAACGCGUACAUGUACAUAGUUAAUGAUUAACGAUAGCGAUAAGUAGUCGAUCGUAGGUUGCGCGAACGGACAUUUUUUGUGGGCCGUCGAGGCGAUAUGUAACGGAGUCGUUCGAUGAGCAUGGAGCAAAGAUCGUUUUCAAGCGUUAAAUUUCUUGAGAGAUAGCGUUUAACCCUUUCUGUGCAGAGGCCUCGAGAUUGAUUGGCCGCUCGAAGCCACCGAAGCUUCUCCCACUACUUUAGGUUAACGAUAUAACGUUUGGAAUAGUGGAUUACAAGCAGUAAGAAUAUUAUGUAUCGGUAUUGAUUCAGAUUCAUAGCCGUGUCGCAAAAAACCACGAUGCAUAAUGAUCAGAAAAGAUAGUGAACAUGUUGGUUUCAACGAGCAACGAGAAUAGCCUUCUUUCGUUCAACGGAAUAAAUCGCAAAAAGGGUUAACAUUGUAAACAUAUCCCAUUGAGAGACUUAGAAUUAGGAAUACUGAAACUCGAAUGUAAUAUCGUUGGUAGCGAUUCUCAACACCACGUUGUGUUAAUUCUCUGCUGCUAUUGCGUACAUUAUAUCAAUUAUGAAAUUAUAUUACUGUUCGUUAUAAAACCAUUCAAGUAAAUUAGUGUAAAUAUACGCGUAAAAAACUGUAAUGCUCUAUUAAACAUGUAAGACGUUAUUUAAUAGCCGGUACUGUUAUUAUAAAAUUAAACUAGUUUUAUAAAAGCUGAAUCUUUUUUAAAGAUGCGUGACUUCCAAUGUAAUGGCAAACUAUCCCUGAAAGAUCAGUUAUUUAAAUUUGAAAAUA